GCUCUUCACCCCAAACCAAAACUAUUUGGGUAGCUGUAGCAAUCACAUAAGGUAUACCCAUGUGAUUGGGGCGUGAAAAGCGUGUGAAUUAAUAGGCGCGUCAGGCAUUGCUUUGUUCUGCUGCUCGCUUCCCUCCCUCCGCUGACAAAUACAAAGAAAUGGAGUAAAAGAGUGUCACUCACUUGGGAAAUGGACACCCAGAAGCAGCUACCAAGCAAGCUCUAGGGUUUUCUGGCAUUUUCAAAGCCAACAUCUGCUAAUUAGUACUAUCCAACCUUUUGCAAUAUUAGCCACCCCAGUGAGAGGCAGAGAUCUUUCUGGUGUUGUGGGUCAGGGGAUUUGAAAGGGAGAUCGAAUUAGGACAACACAAUCAGCGGUUAUAACAAAUAGAUGUCGAAGAUGCAGACACCAAAAGCAAACAGAACUGGCUCUUUGGAAGUGCCUCAAAGGAGAUCUCCAGUAACACCUCGAACUACCAAGACACCUGGAUCAGAGCCUGAUUCGAUAUCUUCUCCAAAUAUGGCAAAGAGGACUCCGAAAAACAGAAGUCCAAAAGUCAUUGAGCGCAGGUCACCACAAAGCCCAGUACCUGAGAAAAAACAACAGAAAAGAGUUUCAGAGUUGGAAACACAACUUGCUCAACUCCAAGAGGAUCUGAAGAAGACAAAGGACCAGUUGAACUCAACUGAGUCACUGAAGAGGCGAUCCCAGCAGGAGGCUGAAGAAGCGAAGAACCAGAUAUUAGCCAUGUCUGCGAAGCUUGAAGAAUCCCAACAGCAACUUAUGGAACUUUCUACUUCUGAAGAUGCUCGUCUUCAAGAACUUCGUAUACUGUCUCAGGAUCGGGAUAGAGCAUGGGAGUCUGAACUUGACGCUGUCCAACAGCAGCGUGCUAUGGAUUCUACUGCCCUGGCUUCUGCUAUGAAUGAAAUUCAGAAGCUAAAGGGACAGCUCGAAAGGGUGGCUGAGUCUGAGGAUGCCCAAAACAGGCAUGCAGAGUCAGCAUAUGGUGAGAUCCAGACCUUGGGAAUGGAACUUUCCGAAACUUUAUCUCUGGUUGAGAAAUUGAAGACUGAGCUCAAUGAAUGCAAAGAAUCUGAAUCCCAGGCCCUAGAAGUUAUACAAAGCACUCAUAUGCAAUUGGAAGCCGCAAAUGCAACCAUAGAAAUGCUCAAAUCGAAUGGGAUGAAAGCCAUGGAAUCUUACAACUCCCUACCAUUGGAGUUGGAGCAAUCCAAUGCUCGAGUUAAAUCACUGGAGGGUCUUGUGAGCAAACUUCAAGCAGAACUGAUUAAUAGGAACGGAAAUCAUUUGGUAAACUCUGCAGACAAUGUAAAACUUGUCAAGGAAGGUGAAGAAAAUGAAGAAAGAAAACAGUUACAAGCAGAACUGAAUUCUUUGAAAUCCGAAGUGGGUCAAUUGAGAUCUGCAUUGGAUGCAGCUGAGGUCAGGUACCAGGAAGAAUACAUACAGAGCACAUUGCAGAUUAGGAAUGUGUACGAGGAACUUGACACUGCGAAAUCUGAAGCGUUGGAGAGGGAAGCUGAGCUGGCAGCAGAAAUGAAGAAAGCAAAGGAUCAUAUUGAAGACUUGAGAGCACAGCUAAUGGAUAAGGAAACUGAAUUAGAGAGUACAUCAGAGAAAAAUGAUGGGGUUGCCGUGAAAAUUGAGAAAAGUAUAACUGAAAAUGAAUCCAAAAUUGCACUGGAGCUAAAGAAGUCGGAGACUGUAAUGGUAGAGUUGAAGGCGAGUUUGUUGGAUAAGGAGACAGAAUUGCAGAAUAUAGCUGAGGAGAAUGAAAUGCUCAAGAUGGAACUUAAAAACAAGGAAACGGAGAGGAAUAAAGUUAAUGACGAUGCUGUUGUUUCGGCAGAAGCUGCAAGGGCUGCAGAGCGAGAGGCUUUGAUGAAACUUGGCUAUGCGACAGAGGAAGUACAUAAAAGUACCAGGAGAGCCGCACGGGUGACUGAGCAGCUGGAUACAGCACAGGCUGCAAAUUCUGAAAUGGAGGCUGAGUUAAGGAAGUUAAAGGUGCAGGCGGAUCAGUGGAGGAAGGCUGCUGAGGCAGCUGCUGCCAUGCUUUCAACUGGAAACAAUGGGAAACUUGUCGAGAGAACAGGUUCUCUUGACUGCAACAACUACAAUCCCUUGAGUUCACCUUAUUCAGAAGACAUGAAUGAUGACUCGCCGAAGAAGAAAAACGGGAAUAUGUUAAAGAAGAUCGGCGUCUUAUGGAAGAAGGGCCAAAACUAGUCGGAAUUAUGGGACAAGUUGCUUAUCAUUGCUCGUUAUUAUUUUGUUGGAUUCAGUAUGUUCUGUUGUAAUCUUGACAGGUAUUUUGGAGGGUACCCAAGUUUCGUAUGGAGGUAAAGACCAUGUUUGCAGACUGUAUGUGGAAACUAGCGAACUUUUUAGAAGUCCUAUCUCACCUGAUGUAUCGCUAUGGAUUAGACUUGAUUAAUGUUGUAUUUUACUUUGAGUAUUUCCAUAUAUGUUAAUUAAAGCACAAUGCAGUUCGUAUUUCAUUACCA